AAGAGAGAAGAGUCAAUGGCGACGCUGACGAUUCCAUCAAUAAUUCCGUCACCGACCGAGGACUGCGAGCAGCUCAGGAAAGCUUUUGCAGGAUGGGGAACCAAUGAACAACUGAUCAUUGACAUCUUGGCUCACAGAGAUGCAUCACAGCGCAAAUUGAUCAGGAAAACUUAUGCUGAAAUAUAUGGAGAAGAUCUUUUGAAAGAACUAGACAAGGAACUAUCAAGUGACUUCGAGAGGAUUGUUAUGCUAUGGACACUGGAUCCUGCUGAGCGCGAUGCAUUUCUGGCUAACGAGGCUACAAAGAUGCUGACCUCUAGCAACUGGGUGAUAAUGGAAAUUGCUUCUACCAGGUCAUCUCAUGAUCUAUUGAAGAUAAGGGAGGCCUAUCAUGCUCGUUUCAAAAAAUCUAUCGAAGAAGAUGUUGCCUAUCACACCACUGGGGCUUUCCGUAAGCUUCUAGUGCCUCUUGUGAGCUCAUUACGCUAUGAAGGUGGUGAGGUGAACAUGGUACUGGCAAAAUCAGAAGCUAAGAUACUUCAUGAAAAGAUAGCUGAUAAGGCUUAUUCUGAUGAUGAGGUUAUCAGGAUUAUCACAACAAGGAGCAAAGCACAGAUUAAUGCUACUUUGAAUCACUAUAACAAUGAAUUUGGAAAUGCUAUUAACAAGGAUUUAAAGAAGAAGGAUGAUGGAGAUGAUGAGUUUUUGAGUAUUUUAAGAGCGUGUAUAAAGGGUCUGGUUUACCCAGAAAAAUACUUUGAGAAGGUUCUGAGGUUAGCCAUAAACCGAUUGGGUACUGAUGAAUGGGGUCUUACAAGGGUGGUGUCGACUCGAUCAGAGGUAGACAUGAAGAAGAUAAAAGAAGAGUAUCAGCGUAGGAACAGUGUUCCUCUUGAACGCGCCAUUUCAGGAGAUGCAAGAGGAGACUACAAGAAAAUGCUUCUGGCUCUAGUCGGACAUGAGGAGGCUUGACAAGAAAGGAAAAGAUUUGAAUCAUUCUUCUGAAUAAAAAUUGCUUGUUGAAGGUCGGUCUGUCUGUCUGUCUGCUUAUUAUUACUCUCUUAUUCAUUCCUUCCUUCCUUCUUGGACCACUUUUUUCUUCUUUAUUGGUUCUUGGUUCUUGGUGUUGGUUAUGAAUGAAAUUCUUGUGGUUCCUUUUUUUUUAUUAACUCA